CUCCCCGCCCGCGUCAUGUUUUCCCUGUGACAAUCCGGGCUGGUAGGACGCGGCUCCUGGCGGGACUUCCGCGCUCCGCGCCCCGCUCCCGCCGGCCCCGCGGCGCUCCCGGGCCCAGCACCGCCGCUUCCCCCCGCUGUUGCCUGGACUAAUGGCAAAGAAGUAAACCAGCAUGGCAGCUAUGGUCCCACCUGUGAAGCUGAAAUGGCUUGAACACCUGAACAGCUCCUGGAUCACAGAAGACAGUGAAUCUAUUGCCACAAGGGAGGGAGUUUCUGUCUUGUACGCUAAGUUAGUUAGCAAUAAAGAAGUAGUGCCAUUGCCCCAGCAGGUUCUGUGCCUCAAAGGACCUCAGUUACCAGAUUUUGAGCGGGAAUCUCUCUCUAGUGAUGAGCAGGACCACUACUUGGAUGCCCUUCUUAGCAGCCAGCUGGCACUGGCAAAGAUGGUGUGCUCAGACUCUCCGUUUGCUGGAGCUCUUCGAAAGCGUCUCCUCGUGCUGCAGCGUGUCUUCUAUGCACUUUCUAAUAAAUACCAUGACAAGGGUAAGGUGAAGCAGCAGCAGCAUUCCCCAGAGAGCAGCUCUGGAUCCACAGAUGUGCACUCUGUCAGCGAGCGCCCCAGGUCGAGCACAGACGCUCUGAUAGAAAUGGGAGUUCGGACUGGGCUCAGCUUGUUAUUUGCCCUGCUGAGACAGAGCUGGAUGAUGCCUGCAGCAGGGCCUGGCCUCAGUCUCUGCAAUGAUGUUAUCCAUACUGCAAUAGAAGUUGUGAGCUCUUUGCCACCUCUAUCUCUAGCCAAUGAAAGCAAGAUUCCCCCAAUGGGUUUGGACUGUUUGUCACAAGUAACAACUUUUCUUAAAGGAGUAACGAUUCCAAACUCUGGGGCUGAUACUCUAGGUCGUAGAUUAGCUUCUGAGCUGCUUCUUGGUUUGGCUGCCCAACGAGGUGCCUUGAGAUACCUUCUUGAGUGGAUAGAAAUGGCUUUGGGUGCUUCAGCUGUAGUGAACACCAUGGAGAAAAGCAAGUUGCUGCAGAGUCCAGAAGGGAUGAUCAGCUUUGAUUGCUUUAUGAGCAUAUUGACCCAGAUGCGACGAUCUCUGGGAUCGUCUGCUGAUCGAAGUCAAUGGAGAGAGCCAACCAGAACAUCUGAUGGCUUAUGUUCUCUGUAUGAGGCAGCUCUGUGUUUAUUUGAAGAGGUUUGCCGAAUGGCUUCAGACUACUCAAGGACGUGUGCGAGCCCUGACAGCAUCCAGACAGGAGAUGCUCCCAUUGUGUCAGAGACCUGUGAGGUUUAUGUGUGGGGCAGCAACAGCAGUCACCAGCUGGUGGAAGGAACUCAGGAGAAAAUACUGCAACCCAAGCUUGCUCCCAGCUUUUCUGAUGCACAGACGAUUGAAGCUGGACAAUAUUGUACCUUUGUCAUUUCUACGGAUGGCUCUGUUAGAGCCUGCGGGAAAGGCAGCUAUGGGAGACUGGGACUGGGAGACUCCAACAAUCAGUCCACACUGAAAAAAUUGACUUUUGAGCCUCACAGGUCUAUUAAAAAGGUGUCGUCUUCAAAAGGAUCUGAUGGUCACACUUUAGCAUUUACAACAGAAGGGGAAGUCUUCAGCUGGGGUGAUGGUGACUACGGAAAACUGGGACAUGGCAAUAGUUCAACUCAGAAAUACCCCAAACUUAUCCAGGGUCCCCUGCAAGGGAAGGUGGUUGUGUGUGUGUCAGCAGGCUACAGACACAGUGCUGCUGUUACAGAAGAUGGGGAGCUGUACACAUGGGGAGAAGGAGACUUCGGAAGAUUAGGUCAUGGUGACAGCAACAGCCGCAACAUUCCAACUUUAGUGAAAGAUAUUAGCAAUGUAGGAGAGGUGUCCUGUGGCAGCUCACACACCAUAGCUCUGUCCAAAGAUGGGAGAACAGUGUGGUCGUUUGGAGGAGGAGACAAUGGCAAACUUGGUCAUGGUGAUACAAAUCGAGUAUAUAAACCUAAAGUUAUAGAAGCUUUGCAAGGAAUGUUUAUUCGAAAGGUUUGUGCUGGAAGUCAGUCUUCGCUUGCCUUGACAUCAACAGGGCAGGUGUACGCAUGGGGCUGCGGUGCCUGCCUUGGCUGUGGCUCCUCGGAGGCGACUGCUCUCAGACCCAAGCUCAUUGAGGAGCUGGCUGCUACCAGGAUCGUUGACAUUUCCAUUGGUGACAGCCACUGCUUGGCACUUUCUCAUGAUAAUGAAGUUUAUGCUUGGGGUAACAAUUCAAUGGGACAGUGUGGCCAGGGAAACUCUACUGGCCCUAUUACUAAACCGAAGAAAGUCAGUGGUUUAGAUGGAGUUGCAAUUCAACAGAUUUCAGCAGGAACAUCCCAUAGCCUUGCCUGGACAGCUCUUCCAAGGGACAGGCAAGUUGUGGCAUGGCACAGACCCUAUUGUGUCGACCUUGAAGAAAGUACCUUUUCACAUCUUCGUUCUUUUCUCGAGCACUACUGUGACAAAAUUAACAGUGAAAUUCCUCCUCUUCCUUUUCCUUCAUCAAGGGAACAUCACAAUUUUCUUAAAUUGUGUUUGAAGCUGCUUUCUAAUCACCUUGCACUUGCACUGGCUGGAGGUGUAGCCACCAGCAUUCUUGGCCGGCAGGCUGGUCCUCUUCGAAACCUCUUGUUCAGACUGAUGGACUCUUCUGUCCCUGAUGAAAUUCAAGAGGUGGUAAUUGAGACACUGUCAGUUGGAGCAACUAUGCUGCUUCCUCCAUUGCGAGAGAGAAUGGAAUUGCUGCAUUCCCUUCUGCCCCAAGGUCCUGAUAGAUGGGAAAGCUUAUCAAAAGGACAGAGAAUGCAGCUGGACAUUAUUCUGACAAGCUUGCAGGAUCACACCCAUGUAGCUUCCCUGCUUGGCUAUAGCUCCCCAUCUGACAGCACAGAAACUUCCUCCUUAUGUAUCAGCUAUGGAAACCUCUCUGAUCAAGCAUAUGCUCUCCAGAGCAGUCAUCCAGAUACACAUCUAGCUGAAAUCUUAAUGAAGACUCUUCUAAGAAACUUGGGAUUUUAUACAGACCAAGCCUUUGGAGAACUGGAAAAAAACAGUGAUAAAUUUUUACUAGGUACAUCAUCAUCAGAAAACAGCCAGCCUGCUCAUCUGCAUGAGCUUUUGUGUUCCCUACAGAAACAAUUGCUGGCUUAUUGCCACAUCAACAGUGUUACUGAGAAUUCCAGCAGUGUGGCACUACUUCACAAACACCUGCAGCUUUUGUUGCCUCAUGCUACUGAUAUCUACUCCCGUUCUGCAACACUGCUUAAGGAAAGCUCUUGGAAUGGGAGUGUUGGGGUGAAACUGAGAGAUGUGAUUUAUGUGUCAGCUGCUGGCAGCAUGCUCUCUCAGAUUGUCAACUCCCUGUUGCUGCUGCCAGUGUCAGUGGCCCGGCCUUUGCUGAGUUACCUGCUGGAUCUGCUUCCACCUUUGGAUCGUCUCAAUAGACUCUUGCCUGCUGCAGCCCUUUUGGAAGAUCAGGAAUUACAGUGGCCUCUUCAUGGUGGCCCCGAGCUGCUGGAGCCUGUGGGCGUGCCCCUGCCACAGCCGGCGCAGUCGUGGGUGUGGCUGGUGGACCUGGAGAGGACGGUGGCACUGCUGGUUGGCCGCUGCCUGGGGGGGAUGCUGCAGGGCCCUGCCGUGUCCCCCGAGGAGCAGGACACGGCUUAUUGGCUCAAAACCCCUCUGUUCAGCGAUGGAGUGGAGAUGGACAUUCCUCAUCUGGACAAAUGCAUGAGCUCAUUGUUAGAAGUGGCCCUGUCUGGAAAUGAGGAGCAGAAGCCCUUUGAUUAUAAGCUGAGACCAGAGAUCACAGUCUAUGUUGAUUUGGCCUUGGGUUGUACAAAAGAGCCAGCAAGGAGCCUCUGGAUCAGUAUGCAGGACUAUGCUGUCAGUAAAGAUUGGGAUACUGCAACUUUAAGUAAUGAAUCACUCCUAGACACUGUGUCCAGAUUUGUCCUUGCGGCUCUUCUGAAGCAUACGAGUUUACUGAGUCAAGCUUGUGGUGAGAGCAGGUACCAGCCUGGCAAGGCCUUGGCAGAAGUUUACCGCUGUGUGUAUAAAGUCCGGAGUCGUUUGCUUGCCUGCAAGAACAUGGAGCUUAUUCAGACCAGGUCAUCCUCCAGAGACAGAUGGAUGCUAGAUAACCAAGAAUCUGCUGAUGUUGAUACUCAAGAACAUUCUUUCACUCGUACAAUUGAUGAAGAAGCAGAAAUGGAGGAGCAGGCAGAACGGGACAGGGAGGAAGGACACCCAGAACAAGAAGAUGAAGAGGAGGAAAGAGAACAUGAAGUUAUGACAGCUGGUAAAAUCUUUCAAUGUUUCCUAUCAGCCCGUGAGGUGGCGCGUAGUCGGGAGCGGGACAGGAUGGGCUCGGUCACAGGGCCGAGGCUGGACGAUGGCCCUGCCCCGACCCAGCAGGAGAGGAGGAUCAGCACGGAUCUGACAGAAGGGCAGGAUGUGUACACUGCUGCCUGCAACUCGGUGAUCCACAGAUGUGCCCUGCUCAUCCUGGGCGUCAGCCCUGUCCUUGAGCAGCUGCAGAAGCCCCGGGAGGAGGGGCAGCUGCAGCAGCCUCCCUCUGCUGCUCCCGAGGGCGUCGGGCUCAUGACCAGCAGGAGUGAAAGUCUCACAGCAGAAAGUCGCUCGAUCCAUUCAAGCUCAAGCUACAGACUGAUGAAGUCAAGAAGUGAAUCUGAUUUGUCUCAGCCAGAAUCAGAUGAGGAAGGUUAUUCACUGAGUGGAAGACGAAAUGUUGAUUUGGAUUUGGCAGCAUCACACAGGAAGAGGGGAGCAAUGCACAGUCAGAUGGAAUCUCUGAGUGACUCCUGGGUUCGCCUGAAGCACAGCAGAGAUUGGCUGUACACAUCCUCCUACUCGUUUGUUGAGUCCGAUUUUGAUCUCUCAAGAUCCUUUGGAGUUCAUACUCUGAUAGAAAACGCUGUCAGUUUUGUAAGUGGAGAUGUGGGAAACUCCCCAGGAUUUAAGGAACCGGAGGAAAGUAUGUCCACCAGUCCACAAGCAUCAAUAAUUGCAAUGGAGCAGCAGCAGCUGAGGGCUGAGCUCCGUCUGGAAGCACUUCAUCAGAUUCUGGUGCUUCUGUCAGGAAUGGAGGAGAAAGGCUGUGUGCCAUUAAUGGGGAGCCGCCAAGUGCCAGGAUUUCAGUCUUCUUCCCUGCUCACUUCUGUUAGACUGCAGUUUCUUGCAGGCUGCUUUGGCCUGGGCACUGUAGGACAUGCAGGGGCCAAAGGAGAGAGUGUGAGAUUGCAUCACUACCAGGAUGGUAUCAGAGCAGCCAAGAGGAGUAUUCAAAUUGAAAUCCAGGUGGCUGUGCACAAAAUUUACCAGCAAUUAUCUGCUACGUUAGAAAGAGCUCUGCAAUCUAAUAAGCAUCACAUAGAGGCACAGCAGCGUCUCCUGUUGGUGACAGUCUUUGCUCUCAGUGUGCACUACCAGCCUGUGGAUGUCUCCUUGGCCAUUUCCACGGGGCUGCUGAAUGUGCUGUCCCAGCUGUGUGGCACAGACACCAUGCUGGGACAGCCCCUGCAGCUGCUGCCCAAAACUGGCAUUUCUCAGCUCAGCACAGCUUUGAAAGUAGCCAGCACAAGGCUACUGCAGAUCCUGGCUAUCACCACAGGAACCUAUGCAGAUAAACUGAGCCCAAAGGUGGUGCAGUCCUUGCUGGAUUUAUUAUGCAGCCAGCUGAAGAACUUACUGUCCCAAGCUGGUGUGAUGCUGAUGGCCUCCUUUGGAGAAGAGGAAGGGGAGGAAGGUGAAGUGGAAUCAAAAAAGGCAGAUUCAAAUGGGGAUAAUGAGAAGAGAGACUUCAGAGCUGCCCUCCGAAAGCAGCAUGCAGCAGAAUUGCACCUGGGAGACUUCCUUGUUUUCCUGCGUAGAGUUGUGUCUUCAAAGGCAAUUCAGUCCAAGAUGGCAUCUCCAAAGUGGACAGAAGUCCUUCUCAACAUUGCUUCUCAGAAGUGUUGCUCAGGAGUUCCCUUGGUUGGCAAUCUGAGGACUAGACUGCUUGCACUUCACGUACUAGAAGCUGUGUUACCUGCUUGUGAAUCUGGUGUUGAAGAUGAUCAGAUGGCUCAGGUUGUUGAACAGCUGUUCUCACUUCUGUCUGACUGCAUGUGGGAGACUCCCAUAGCCCAGGCCAAACAUGCAAUUCAAAUAAAGGAGAAAGAACAAGAAAUGAAGCUCCAGAAGCAAGGAGAGUCUGAGGAUGAAGAUGAGAAUCUUCCCAUCCAGGAAGUGUCCUUUGAUCCUGAGAAAGCUCAGUGCUGCAUAGUGGAAAACGGACAGAUUCUGGCUCAUGGGAGUGGAGGCAAAGGAUAUGGCUUAGCAUCCACUGGAGUUACUUCUGGGUGUUACCAGUGGAAGUUCUACAUUGUGAAGGAGAACCGGGGCAAUGAGGGCACUUGUGUGGGAGUGUCUCGCUGGCCCGUGCACGACUUCAACCAUCGCACUACCUCAGACAUGUGGCUCUACAGAGCCUACAGUGGCAACCUCUACCACAAUGGAGAGCAGACUCUGACUCUGUCCAGCUUUACCCAAGGAGAUUUCAUCACAUGUGUGUUAGAUAUGGAAGCAAGAACUAUUUCCUUUGGUAAAAAUGGAGAGGAGCCAAAACUAGCUUUUGAAGAUGUUGAUGCAGCUGAGUUAUAUCCUUGUGUUAUGUUCUAUAGCAGUAACCCAGGAGAGAAGGUGAAGAUCUGUGACAUGCAGAUGCGUGGGACACCCAGGGAUUUGCUCCCUGGGGACCCCAUCUGCAGCCCUGUUGCUGCAGUGCUGGCAGAAGCCACCAUCCAGCUCAUCCGAAUCCUGCAUCGCACUGACCGCUGGACACACUGCAUCAAUAAAAAAAUGAUGGAAAGGCUGAACAAAAUCAAAACUUGUCUUAAGGAGGCAGGUCAGAAACUGAAGAAAAGUCGCUCUGUUCAAAGCAGAGAAGAGAAUGAGGCGAGGGAGGAGAAGGAGAGCAGAGAGGAGGAGAAGAGCAAGCAUGCGCGGCACGGGCUGGCCGAGCUGUCGGAGCUGCAGCUGAAGAUGCUCUGUGUGGAGGUGUGGCCUGUCCUGGCAGUCAUUGGGGGAGUGGAUGCUGGCCUCAGAGUUGGAGGCCGAUGUGUCCACAAGCAGACAGGCCGACAUGCCACCCUGCUGGGAGUGGUGAAGGAGGGCAGUACCUCUGCCAAGGUCCAGUGGGAUGAGGCAGAGAUUACCAUCAGCUUCCCAACUUUUUGGUCGCCUAGUGAUACUCCAUUGUAUAAUCUGGAGCCCUGUGAACCACUGCCUUUUGAUGUUGCGAGAUUUCGUGGGCUGACAGCUACUGUGCUGCUGGAUCUUACCUAUCUGACUGGCAUUCAUGAAGAUAUGGGAAAGCAAAGCACCAAGAGACAUGAGAAAAAACACAAACACGAAUCUGAAGAUAAAGGGGAAAUGGAGCAGAAAACAGAGGGUGACGUUGGAUCAGACACACGAUCAGGCCAGAGUGCCGAUGAUAACAAAGGACAUGGUGCUACCACCUCUAAGUCGGAAAAUGAAAUUGUUUCCUUCUCUUUAGAGCCAUCAACACUAGGUAUGGAAUCCCAGCACCAACCUGCUGAAGGAAGGAAGAAGAAUCACGAGCACACCCCACGGAGUCAUGAUAUAGCGCAGUCGGAAAUCCGAGCUGUGCAGCUGUCUUACCUUUACCUCGGAGCCAUGAAGUCUCUCAGCGUUCUCCUGAGCUGCAGCAAGUACGCUGAGCUGUUGCUGAUCCCCAAGGUGCUGGCAGAGAACGGGCACAACUCGGACUGCACAGGGUCGCCAGCGGUGGCUGAGGACGCGGAGCUGCGAGCAGCACUGCAGUUCCUGAUGCGCCACAUGGUCAAACGCGCCGUCAUGCGAUCCCCCAUCAAGAGGGUGCUGGGGCUGCCCGACCUGGAGCGGGCGCAGGCCAUCAUCUACAAACUGGUGGUGCACGGGCUGCUGGAGGAGCAGUUCGGUGGCAGGCUGAAACAGGAAGUGGAACAACAAGUAGAAGAAGGUGAUCAGUCUCAGCAAGCCCAAACACCAGUCACCACCAGCCCUUCUGCUUCUAGCACAACAUCUUUCAUGAGCAGCUCUCUGGAGGACACCACCACUGCUACUACUCCAGUAACUGAUACAGAAACAGUUCCAGCAUCAGAAUCACCAGGUGUGAUGCCUCUCAGUCUUCUAAGGCAAAUGUUCUCCAGUUAUCCUACUACAACUGUUCUUCCAGCACGACGUGCUCAGACUCCUCCAAUAUCUUCUUUACCAACAUCUCCUUCAGAUGAGGUUGGAAGGAGACAAAGUUUGACCUCUCCAGAUUCCCAGUCUGCAAGGCCUGCCAAUCGCACGGCUUUGUCUGAUCCAAGCAGCCGACUUUCAACAUCCCCUCCUCCUCCUGCCAUUGCUGUUCCCUUGCUAGAAAUGGGCUUCUCCCUCAGGCAAAUUGCAAAAGCUAUGGAAGCUACAGGUGCCAGAGGAGAAGCAGAUGCACAGAACAUCACAGUGCUGGCUAUGUGGAUGAUCGAACACCCUGGAAAUGAAGAUGAGGAGGAGCCCCAGUCAGAGGGGACUGCAGAGCCACGGCAUGGGGCAAUCGUCCCUGGCAGUGGUGGGAAGUCUGGGGAUCACUGCUAUUUGCAGUCUCCAGGUGAUAUCCCUUCUGCUGAUGCCACUGAAAUGGAGGAGGGCUUUAGUGAGAGCCCAGAUAACCUGGACCAUGUGGACAAUGCAGCUGCAGCAGCCCCUCCCUCCCGAAGUCGCUCGGCUGUCACACGGAGGCACAAGUUUGAUUUGGCUGCCCGGACCUUGCUGGCACGUGCUGCGGGGUUGUAUCGCUCAGUGCAGGCGCACAGGAACCAGAGCCGCAGGGAAGGGAUCUCCUUGCAGCAAGAUCCAGGGGCACUCUAUGACUUCAACCUUGAUGAGGAGCUGGAGAUUGACCUUGAUGAUGAAGCCAUGGAAGCUAUGUUUGGGCAAGACCUGGCUAGUGAUAAUGAUAUUCUGGGAAUGUGGAUCCCAGAGCACGUCUGUGAAUCUGAGGACAGAGAAGAGGUGGUGGUCUGUGAGCUGUGCGAGUCCAGCGUGGUGAGCUUCAACCAGCACAUGAAGAGGAACCACCCGGGCUGCGGGCGCAGUGCCAACCGGCAGGGGUACCGCAGCAAUGGCUCCUAUGUGGACGGCUGGUUCGGCGGCGAAUGUGGCAGCGGCAACCCCUACUACCUGCUAUGUGGGCUGUGCAGGGACAAGUACCUGGCCCUCAAGAGCAGGUCCAAAACUGCCGCCUCUGAAAGGUACAAAGGCCAGGCUCCUGAUCUGAUAGGUAAACAAGACAGUGUCUAUGAAGAAGACUGGGACAUGUUAGAUGUGGAUGAAGAUGAGAAGCUGACAGGGGAAGAGGAGUUUGAGCUGCUGGCUGGGCCUCUGGGGUUAAAUGAUCGGCGCAUUGUACCUGAACCUGUCCAGUUCCCUGACAGUGACCCCCUGGGGGCUUCAGUUGCAAUGGUGACAGCCACCAACAGUAUGGAAGAAACACUGAUGCAAAUAGGCUGUCACGGCUCAAUAGAAAAAAGUUCUUCUGGCAGGAUAACCUUAGGAGAACAAGCAGCUGCCCUGGUAAAUCCACACGACCGUGUCAUGGCUCUCAGAAGAGUGACAGCUGCUGCCCAAGUGCUCCUGGCAAGAACCAUGGUUAUGAGAGCACUCUCACUUCUAUCUGUCAGUGGUUCCAGCUGCAGCCUGGCAGCUGGCCUGGAGUCCCUGGGAUUGACAGACAUCCGCACUCUGGUCCGUCUGAUGUGCCUGGCAGCAGCAGGGAGGGCAGGCCUGUCCACAAGCCCAUCCACAGUGUCCAGCCCCACAGAGAGAUCCAGGAGCAUCCACAGCAAAACCAGCAAGCCCAUCUCCUGCCUUGCCUACUUGAGCACUGCAGUUGGCUGCUUGGCAUCAAACACUCCCAGUGCUGCAAAGCUGCUGGUGCAGUUAUGUACGCAGAAUUUGAUUUCUGCAGCAACAGGUGUGAACUUGACAACAGUCGAUGAUCCAAUUCAGAGGAAAUUUUUGCCAAGUUUUUUAAGAGGAAUUGCAGAAGAAAACAAACUUGUCACAUCUCCAAAUUUUGUGGUCACUCAAGCACUUGUAGCAUUGUUGGCCGACAAAGGGGCCAAGCUGAGGCCAAACUAUGAUAAAGCUGAAAUUGAAAAGAAAGGUUUAAUUGCCCAUUUGUAUGCCCAUCCUUGCUAUGAUCCCUCUGCUGUAGGCCCUCUGGAGCUGGCGAACGCACUGGCCGCGUGCUGCCUGUCGUCGCGCCUGUCAUCGCAGCACCGGCAGUGGGCGGCACAGCAGCUGGUGCGGGCACUGGCCGCGCACGACCGUGACAACCAGAGUGCGCCGCAAACCCUCGCCGACAUGGGCGGCGACCUGCGCAAGUGCUCCUCCAUCAAGCUCGAGGCCCACCAGAACAGGGUCAUGACAUGUGUUUGGUGCAAUAAAAAGGGACUUUUGGCAACAAGUGGGAAUGAUGGCACCAUCAGAGUGUGGAAUGUGACAAAGAAGCAAUACUCAUUGCAACAGACCUGUGUGCUCAACAAGCUAGAAGGUGACUCUGAAGAAAGUCUGGGGUCACCCAGUGACCUUAGUUUAUCUCUUGUGUGUUGGAGCAUCAGUGGCAAGUACCUGGCUGGAGCUACAGAAAAGAUGGUGAACAUCUGGCAGGUCAAUGGAGGAAAAGGCUUAUUAGAUCUUCAGCCUCACUGGGUGUCUGCUCUAGGCUGGCCAGAAGAAGGGCCAGCUGCAGCAUGGACAGGAGAUGCUCCAGAGCUGUUGUUAAUUGGGCGCAUGGAUGGGUCUCUGGCUCUUAUUGAGGUUGUGGAUAUUUCAGCCAUGCACCGCCUGGAACUGGAGCACUGCUACAGAAAGGAUGUGUCUGUCACAUGCCUGGCCUGGUUCAGUGAAGACAGGCCAUUUGCUGUUGGCUAUUCAGAUGGAAAGUUGCUCCUGGGAACAAAGGAGCCAACUGAGAAAGGAGGUGUCAUUCUCAUUGAUGCACAUAAGGAUAUGGUUGUUAGUAUGAAGUGGGAUCCGACUGGUAAGAUCCUCCUGACCUGUGCCAAAGAGGAGACCGUGAAGCUCUGGGGGUGUCUGGGGGGCUGCUGGAGGCGCCUGCACUCCCUGGCACACCCAGCCCUGGUGAAUGGUAUUGCCUGGUGCGCUCUGCCAGGGAAAGGAGCCCAGGCCCAGCUACUCUUGGCCACGGGAUGCCACAAUGGUUUGGUGUGUGUCUGGACUGUUCCCCAGGACAUAGUGAUCACACUGCAGCCCAGCUCAGCUUGCUCAGAAGGAUGGUGGGAGCAAGAAACAAGUGCCAAGGAUGGCUACAGGAAGGCAGUGGAGGUGAAGUGCGUGUUCCAGCUCAGAGGACACAUCACUCCCGUCCGCACUGUUGCCUUCAGUCCUGAUGGGCUGGCCCUGGUGUCUGGGGGCCUCGGGGGCCUCAUGAAUAUCUGGUCCUUACGGGAUGGCUCAGUGUUGCAGAGUGUUGUGAUAGGAUCUGGAGCUAUCCAGACUGCAGUGUGGAUCCCUGACGUUGGAGUAGCUGCCUGCUCUAACAGAUCAAAGGACGUGCUGGUGGUGAACUGCACCUCGGAGUGGAUCUCCUCCAACCACGUGCUGGCCACAUGCAGGACGGCGCUGCGACGGCAGGGGGUGCUGGGGCUGAACAUGGCACCGUGCAUGCGUGCGUUCCUGGAGCGCCUGCCUGUCAUGCUGCAGGAGCAGUACGCCUAUGAGAAGCCCCACGUGGUGUGUGGGGACCAGCUGGUUCACAGCCCCUACAUGCAGUGCUUGGCAUCCCUGGCCGUGGGGCUGCACCUGGACCAGCUGCUCUGCAACCCCCCCGUACCCCCCCACCAGCAGAGCUGCCUCCCUGACCCCUCUGCCUGGAACCCCACGGAAUGGGCCUGGCUCGAGUGCUUCUCCACCACCAUCAAAGCUGCUGAGGCCCUGGCCAAGGGAGCUCUGUUCCCAGAGUCCUUCACUGUCCCAGACUUGGAGCCUGUUCCAGAGGAUGAGCUUACUCUCCUGAUGGAUAACAGCAAGUGGAUCAAUGGCAUGGAUGAGCAGAUCAUGUCUUGGGCAACAUCAAGGCCAGAGGACUGGCACUUGGGAGGCAAAUGUGAGGUGUACCUGUGGGGAGCGGGGCGGCACGGGCAGCUGGCAGAGGCUGGCAGGAAUGUCAUGAUCCCUGUGGCAGCACCCUCCUUCUCCCAGGCCCAGCAGGUGGUUUGUGGUCAGAAUUGUACUUUUGUCAUCCAAGCCAAUGGCACUGUUUUGGCUUGUGGUGAAGGGAGCUAUGGGCGCCUGGGACAAGGGAAUUCUGAUGAUCUUCAUGUCUUAACUGUCAUUUCAGCACUGCAAGGCUUUGUUGUGACUCAGCUGGUGACCUCCUGUGGGUCCGAUGGGCACUCCAUGGCUCUGACAGAAAGUGGGGAAGUGUUCAGCUGGGGAGAUGGGGACUAUGGCAAGCUGGGCCACGGCAACAGCGACCGGCAGCGGCGGCCCCGGCAGAUCGAGGCUCUGCAGGGAGAGGAAGUUGUGCAGAUGUCGUGUGGCUUCAAACACUCAGCUGUGGUGACAGCAGAUGGCAAACUUUUUACAUUUGGAAAUGGUGAUUAUGGUCGACUGGGGCUUGGAAAUACUUCCAAUAAGAAGCUUCCAGAAAGAGUGACAGCGCUGGAAGGUUACCAGAUUGGCCAGGUGGCCUGUGGUCUCAAUCACACUGUGGCUGUGUCAACAGAUGGCUCCAUGGUUUGGGCUUUUGGAGAUGGAGAUUAUGGUAAACUUGGUUUGGGAAACUCCACUGCAAAGUCCUCACCACAGAAAGUGGAUAUUCUUUGUGGAAUUGGAAUUAAAAAAGUUGCCUGUGGAACUCAGUUCUCUGUUGCAUUGACAAAAGAUGGUCACGUGUAUACUUUUGGCCAAGAUCGGCUGAUCGGUCUGCCUGAGGGCCGUGCCCGCAAUCACAACCGCCCGCAGCAGGUGCCGCUGCUGGCCGGGGUGUUCAUCGAGGACAUUGCCGUGGGCGCCGAGCACACGCUGGCCCUCUCCUCCACGGGAGAUGUCUACGCCUGGGGCAGCAACUCCGAAGGCCAGCUGGGGCUGGGCCACACGAACCACGUGCGGGAGCCCACGCUGGUGACGGUGCUGCAGGGCAAGAACGUACGGCAGAUCUCAGCUGGGCGCUGCCACAGCGCGGCCUGGACUGCCCCGCCUGUGCCUCCCCGGGCUCCAGGUGUUUCAGUGCCUUUGCAGCUUGGUUUACCUGAUGCCAUUCCACCCCAGUACGGGGCACUGAAAGAAGUGAGCAUUCACACAGUGAGAGCAAGGCUGAGACUGCUGUACCAUUUUUCUGACCUCAUGUACUCUUCAUGGCGAUUACUCAACCUCAGUCCCAAUAACCAGAACAGCACAUCUCAUUACAAUGCUGGCACAUGGGGGAUUGUGCAGGGUCAGCUGAGGCCCCUGCUGGCUCCUCGGGUGUACACCCUGCCCAUGGUGCGCUCCAUCGGCAAAACCAUGGUGCAGGGCAAGAACUACGGCCCCCAGAUCACUGUGAAAAGGAUCUCCACCAGGGGUCGCAAGUGCAAGCCCAUUUUUGUCCAGAUUGCAAGGCAAGUGGUAAAGCUGAAUGCAUCAGACCUUCGCUUACCCUCCCGUGCCUGGAAAGUGAAACUGGUUGGAGAAGGAGCUGAUGAUGCAGGUGGAGUGUUUGAUGACACCAUUACAGAAAUGUGUCAGGAACUGGAAACUGGAAUAGUAGAUCUGCUUAUUCCUUCCCCAAAUGCUACAGCUGAAGUAGGCUACAAUAGGGAUAGGUUUCUCUUUAACCCUUCAGCAUGUUUAGAUGAACAUCUAAUGCAGUUUAAGUUCUUGGGCAUUCUCAUGGGUGUAGCUAUUCGUACAAAAAAGCCAUUAGAUCUUCAUUUGGCUCCAAUGGUCUGGAAGCAACUUUGUUGUAUCCCACUCAUCUUGGAGGAUUUGGAGGAGGUAGAUCUGCUCUAUGUGCAGACCCUCAACAGCAUUCUUCACAUUGAAGACAGUGGGAUUACUGAAGAGAAUUUCCAUGAGAUGAUUCCUUUAGAUUCUUUUGUUGGCCAAAGUGCUGAUGGUAAAAUGGUUCCCAUAAUCCCUGGAGGGAACAGUAUCCCACUUACCUUUUCAAACAGGAAGGAGUAUGUGGAGAGGGCAAUUGAGUACAGACUCCAUGAAAUGGACCGGCAGGUGGCUGCUGUCAGGGAAGGAAUGUCUUGGAUUGUUCCCGUUCCUUUGCUGUCCCUUCUGACUGCCAAACAGUUGGAGCAGAUGGUCUGUGGGAUGCCAGAAAUAUCGGUGGAGGUUCUGAAGAAAGUUGUGCGAUACAGAGAAGUUGAUGAGCAGCAUCAGCUGGUGCAGUGGUUCUGGCACACCCUGGAAGAAUUUUCAAAUGAGGAGAGAGUCCUUUUCAUGAGGUUUGUGUCAGGAAGAUCUCGAUUGCCAGCCAACACAGCUGAUAUCUCUCAGCGAUUCCAAAUAAUGAAGGUUGAUAGGCCUUACGACAGCUUGCCUACCUCACAGACUUGUUUCUUUCAACUGAGGCUCCCACCUUACUCCAGUCAACUAAUCAUGGCAGAGCGUUUGCGUUAUGCAAUCAAUAAUUGCAGGUCUAUAGACAUGGACAAUUACAUGCUCUCCCGGAAUGUGGACAAUGCAGAGGGCUCAGACACAGAUUAUUAACAUUCUGUGAACAAAAUCAUCUUCCUUUUACUUCAAAUAGUGCCCUAAGUCCAGUUCAUCGUUGACAUAAUUUUACAGUAACCAUAGAUGUUUUAGGAGCAUAAAACCAGAUCUUAAUAGAUGGUGGCCACAUUUUAGUUACUCUAAAUGUAACAAAAAAUUAGAUGUUUUUAUUUUUUUUUUGUGAUUGUAAAAAAGAAAAAAGGAAAAACAAAACAAAAAAGUAUUAUCGGUAAGUUUUUUCUCCUUUUUUGGUCACUUUUGAUAAGUUUGCAUGGAGACAUUUUGGUGCAUUUUUGUUGGGAGUAGUACAUUUGUAAGCCCUCCCAGUGAACAUGAAGAGGUGUACAUUGUGUAUAAUUGUUCAUUAGCCAGGACAGUUUUACAUGAAUAUUCACAUAUUUAUUUUGUUUUAAUUUGAAUUGCCUGUGCAGGGUUCCUUCUGCAGAGAAAAAUAAAGCAAAUUCAAGACUUGGUUGCUUCUA